AUGCCUGGUUCUAAAAAACGGGGCCACGAUGUUAUAGAUCUCACUAGCGACAGAUCCGUGCCCCAAAAAAAGCGUCGCUCACCUGCUUCGGCAACAUAUUCCACUGGCAUUGGGGGAACGUCAGUUUAUUAUUCUUCGCAAAAUGGUUCACCACGUGGACUCGCUCCCGGUUCACAGAAUGGCUUGUCCUCUCUUUCUUCAAGCCAGCCUCUCACCUCGUCCCAGACAGCUUCUUAUGAAAAUGAAGUCCUGGAUUUGACACAGGAUGAUGAUGGCCCAGCCAGGGAAUUGUAUGGCACCUUCGAUACGAAAAUUGUUGGCAUACAAUACUACAGAGGUCAUGCUUCAACUGGUGAGAUUGUUCUCUGUCGCAGAGAGCCCGGUAAUCAGUAUGACCGAAAUGCUAUUCGUAUGGACAACGUGAUGUAUCGACAAAUUGGUCAUUUGCCACGAAAGGUGGUGGAGAAAGUUGCACCCUACGUCGACGUUGGUGAUGUUACCUUAGAGGCACAACUCACUGGACCGAAGGGCGGAUACGACUGUCCUGUGAGACUGUUCUUCUAUGGGCCAAGCAACCCUGCUGAGCGCAGCAGGAUUGAGGAACGCCUCAAGGCGGACAAGCUUGUCAAGGCCACGGAGCUGAAGCGAACUAAGAGAGAAGCAGAAGCUCAGAGGACCGUUAUGGGCUUAAAGGCAGGAGGCACCACCCAUGGGAUGGGCACUGCAGGCGCCGACGAGCCAGAACUGUCUCUUGAGGACAUCUUGAAGAAGAGUUCUUCCGUUGAGUUUCGCAAUGGCACAGAUGCGAUCAAGACCUUCUCCAUGGAUGAAAAGUACCUAUCCGAAAUGCCGACAUGUGAACAACCUGACGGCCUGAGUGCGAUCCUACUUCCAUACCAGUUACAAGGCCUCGCGUGGAUGAUUUCGAAAGAGAACCCAGUGUUACCAACAAAGGAAGCUGGAAAUCUUGUUCAACUUUGGAAGCAAGACAAUCGAGGGUAUUACUGGAAUGCUGUUACAGACUUCGUGAGCACAAGUGCCCCUGAGCUCUUCUCGGGUGGCAUUUUGGCAGACGAUAUGGGUCUCGGUAAGACUCUUCAGAUCAUCAGCCUAAUUCUAACGGGAGGUCCUGGUACCACAUUGAUAGUCGCGCCUGUGAGUGUGAUGAGCAACUGGAGGCACCAGAUCGAGCGACACGUCAAGCCGGAAUGCGCACCAAGCGUGUUCAUAUAUCAUGGUGAUAAGAAAAUGACAGCCAAAGAACUCAUGAAAUAUGACGUGGUCAUCACAAGCUACGGCAAGUUAGCUCGUGAAAGGGAUUCCAACGUUCCGCAAGUUUUGCUGGCACAGAAUAUACAGUGGAGGCGUGUGGUUCUUGACGAAGGCCAUGUUAUCCGCAAUGCCAGGACAAAGGUCGCAUUGGCAGCGUGUGCUCUCAACGCCAAGUCACGAUGGGUGUUAACCGGUACUCCGAUCACCAACUCCGUCAAGGACUUGCAUUCGUUGGUCAAGUUUCUGCACAUCACCGGGGGUAUCGAGCACCCAGAGAUUUUCAAUACUCGGAUAACAAGAAAAUUGGCCGCUGGCGACGCCAGCGCGGAAAUCAUUCUGCAGGCACUCAUGCAGGAUAUUUGCCUCCGACGCAAGAAGGAUAUGAAAUUUGUUGAUCUGAAACUGCCUGAGAAGAAGCAAUAUCUACAUCGGAUCACUUUCCACCCGGAAGAAAAGAAAAAAUAUGACGCAUUGCUUACGGAAGCCCGUGGUGCCCUCCAAGAAUUUCAGGCCAAGGCGGCUGGGCAGAAAGGUCAAUUCCAGGGUGUCCUGGAGCGGCUUUUGCGCCUACGACAAACGUGUGAUCACUGGACGUUGUGCAAAGACCGUAUAAACCAGUUGAUGAAGUUGUUCGAAGGCCAAGACGUCGUACCAUUCAACGAGAAGAAUACGGCCCUGCUUCAGGAAGCUCUUCGACUCUACUUGGAGAGUCAAGAGGAUUGCGCCAUCUGCUUCGACAUCCCCAGUGGUCCAGUCAUAACAAACUGCAAGCACGUGUUUUGUCGAGCCUGCGUCACGAAGGCCAUUCAGAUUCAGCAUAAGUGUCCGAUGUGUAGGAACAAACUUUCGGAAGACUGUCUGCUGGAACCAUCACCAGAGGGAUCCUUCGACGAAAACUUUGACAUAACAACUCAAAGUUCUAAGACCGAAGCUCUGUUGCAGAUUCUUCGGGCAACUAUGAAGAAUAAGGGCUCAAAGGUGGUCAUUUUCUCGCAGUGGACCUCCUUCCUGAACAUUAUUCAAAAUCAACUAGAUGCCGCUGGUAUUAAAUACUGCCGUAUCGACGGUAGUAUGAACACGGAUAAGCGUGAUCGCGCAAUUCAAGCGCUGGACAACGACCCCGAUACGCGGGUCAUGUUGGCUAGUUUGGCCGUUUGUAGCGUAGGUUUAAAUCUUGUAUCUGCAGAUACUGUGAUUUUGUCAGACAGCUGGUGGGCACCGGCCAUUGAAGAUCAGGCCAUUGACAGAGUUCAUCGUCUCGGCCAGACUAGAAAGACCACCAUCUGGCGUCUUAUUGUUGAAGGUACAGUAGAGGAGAGGGUGUUGGACAUCCAGAAGGAGAAGCGAGAACUUGUUACCAAGGCGUUUCAGGAAAAGGAGAGAAAAGGAAAGGCGGCGAAAGAUACGAGAAUGGCGGAUAUUGCGAAGCUUCUGUCGUGA